CACUGUCGUAAUGGCUGCCACACGAAAACAACAUUUGUGACAGUAGCCAAGAUGCAUUUUAGAAGCGUUAGACAUGCCUGUUAAUAAUGCGUCAAUGAAAGAAGAUACACCAAAUAUUGACAAUAACAGUAAAAAUGGGAUAUCAAAGUCACUGACAGAAUCUGAAGAGAUGAUGACUUUGCUGAAGUCGACGGACGUGUCGUGCAUGUCUGUCGAGGAGGUUCAGGAGGCAUGCCGCACCCACCUCCAGGCUGGCCUCUCUGACGAAGAGGCCAAACGAAGACACACCAUGUAUGGCCCAAAUGACUUUGAAAUCGCCAAAGAGGAACCCCUUUGGAGAAAGUUUCUUGGACAGUUCAACAACCCACUGAUUCUAUUGCUUCUGGCCUCAGCGGUUGUCAGCGUCUUCAUGCGGCAGUUUGACGAUGCAGUCAGCAUCACCGUCGCCAUCCUUAUAGUGUCAACAGUAGCCUUCAUUCAGGAAUAUCGGUCUGAGAAGUCUCUGGAGGCCCUUACUAAGCUAGUCCCACCUCAGUGCCACUGUUUGAGGGAUGGCAAAACAGAAACAUUUUUAGCUCGUGAGCUGGUUCCGGGUGACAUCGUUGAGCUCAGUAUAGGAGAUAGAGUGCCUGCUGAUAUACGACUGUUUGAGGCGAUUGACAUGUCCAUAGAUGAAUCCAGCUUCACGGGUGAACCGUGCCCACUGAACAAAACCAUAGCAACACAGAACAAGAAAACCACUAACGGCAUUUCAGAUAAGAAGAAUAUCGCAUUCAUGGGGACACUGGUCCAGACAGGCCGAGGAAAGGGCAUUGUCACAGGAACAGGACUUAACUCUGAAUUUGGGGAGAUUUUUAAGAUGAUGCAGGGUGAAGAGUCCCCCAAGACUCCGCUUCAGAUCAGCAUGGACCUGCUGGGCAAACAGCUCUCCUUCUACUCAUUCCUUAUCAUAGGGAUCAUCAUGCUGCUUGGCUGGAUUCAGGGGCGUGGCAUACUAGACAUGUUCACAAUAGGUGUUAGCCUUGCAGUCGCAGCAAUCCCUGAAGGCCUUCCCAUCGUGGUCACUGUCACGCUGGCUAUAGGAGUCAUCCGUAUGGCCAAACAGAAGGCAAUUGUUAAGAAGCUACCUGUUGUAGAGACUCUAGGUUGUGUGAAUGUGGUGUGUUCUGACAAGACCGGCACGCUGACAAAGAAUGAGAUGACCGUCACCCACAUCUGCUCAGCUGACGGGAAGCAAGCAGAGGUGAGCGGUGUUGGGUACAACGCAGAUGGUGUGGUUCUGUGCAACAACGAAGAGGUGAAGCCAGAGUCCCACCCCUCAAUUGCCAAGGUCGUCGAGGUGGGCUGUGUGUGUAACAAUGCAGAGUUAUCUAUGGAAGGAUUGAGAGGCCAGCCAACAGAGGGCGCUCUUAUAGCCGUUUCUCUCAAAAUGCACAUGCACAGCGUGAGGGACAACUUCCAUCGUAUACAGGAAUGGCCGUUCAACUCCGAGACCAAGUACAUGGUGGUCAAGUGUCGCCCCCGAUACGGACAGAACACAGAGGCCCUGUACUUUGUGAAGGGUGCCCUGGAGCAUGUGCUGCGACAGUCAACCUCCUACUACUACAACGGAGCCUCGCUGCCCAUCUCGGAGAAACAGAGAGACAGCUACUAUAACCAGGCAGCUGCACUCGGCAGUGCGGGACUCAGAGUGUUGGCAAUGGCGUAUGGCACAGACAUGAACAAGCUGGUGUUUGUUGGGAUGGUGGGGAUGAUUGACCCACCUCGGGAAGGAGUCCGGGAAGCCAUAUGGACUCUCACAGGCGGAGGAGUAUCCAUCAAGAUGCUGACUGGGGAUUCAGAAGAAACUGCCAAAGCUGUCGGGGCCCGACUUGGGUUGUAUGCUUCUGGGGCUUCAUCGCUGUCUGGGAAUCAGAUCGAUCAGAUGGACCCGGGGCAACUCAAGAGGGUCAUCCCCGAGGUCUGUGUCUUCUACAGGGUCACUCCCAGGCAUAAACUGAAGAUUGUCAGGGCUUUGCAGGACAAUGGUUUAGUUGUUGGCAUGACGGGUGAUGGCGUCAAUGAUGCUGUGGCUCUUAAAAGUGCUGAGAUCGGUAUUUCCAUGGGCAAGUCUGGGACCGAUGUAUCUAAGGAGGCAGCUGACAUGAUUCUUGUAGACGAUGACUUCUCCACCAUCUUAUCUGCUAUUGAAGAAGGAAAGGGAAUAUUUUACAACAUAAAAAACUUUGUCAGGUUUCAGCUUAGCACGAGUAUAGCUGCCUUGUCUCUGAUCACGCUGUCGACGGUGAUGCGUCUCCCCAACCCACUGAAUGCCAUGCAGAUACUGUGGAUCAAUAUAAUCAUGGAUGGGCCCCCUGCACAGAGUCUGGGGGUGGAGCCUGUUGAUCAUGAUGUGAUACGGAAACCCCCGCGUUGCGUGCAGGACCCCAUCAUCACCCGGGGCCUCAUUGCUCAGAUUCUUGUGUCAGCAUUCAUCAUUGUCAGCGGAACUUUAUGGGUAUUUUGGAGAGAGAUGAGUGACAACAAGAUCACACCAAGAGAUACAACCAUGACCUUCACAUGUUUUGUAUUCUUUGAUAUGUUCAACGCACUUAGCUGCAGAUCACAGACAAAGUCCAUAUUUCAAGUUGGAUUUUUGACCAACAAAGUUUUUCUGGUUGCUGUGGGAGGUUCUAUUAUCGGCCAGCUGUUGGUUAUUUAUUUCCCGCCCCUACAGGCUGUGUUUCAAACGGAGGCUCUGCAUGCCACAGAUUUCCUGUUCUUGAUAGCACUCACCUCAAGUGUGUUCGUUGUGUCUGAGAUAAGAAAAUUGGUUCAACGCACCCAGCUGAAAAAACAGCGGUUAAUACAAGAGAAAAACUAUUAUAUGGACAGUUUUGUAUAGUAGACCAAAGACAUGUUUGUUGUAUUUAUUCAUGAACAGCACGCACUGCUGAAGUGAUUGUGGCAUACACUUCUCCACAUGUGGGAGCUUCAUUGGGAUGAAAGUGGUGGAAAUGACACAUUGAUGAACACGUUUCUCAUCUUACCUCACCUGAACACAAGGACCUUGUGACUUCAUCAACGUAGAAAGGAUAUUGUCAGUGAAACAAAUAAAGACAGUGUCAACAUAGCAA